AUGCGCGCGACAGAAGUUGUGACUCCGUUGAGUGGGACGACGAUGGUAGCGUCGCAAGAUGAGAGAACAUUCGUCCUGUACUCACUAGUGGGUGAGGAACUGGAGCCUGUGCAGGAAAGCAAGCCACAGCACAGUCCUGACACCAACUGGAACGCCUUCGUGCUGCCGCUGCCACCCGCAGGAGGUCGCGUAACACUCGCAGAUGUGCACAAGGCGUUUCCACUAGGCAACAACUUUCACUUUGCUUUCCGGUGUGAAGACGGACCAUAUCUAGACGUGACAAAUCCUGAAUCUGCUGUGCCGUGCUGUGGUCGUAAGAUUUUCGCUCGUGUCACGCCGUUAGAUGAAGAGCCUAAUGUCAAGUACCUGCGCUACGAAGAGCAUUGUAGCACAUUACCGUCUUCGGGUCCAGCACAGAGAACAAGAGUGACAAAAAUAUGCUCCAAUAGCAAUGGGGGCAGCACGGCAGAGUGUCGUAGUCAUCCAUCGGACGACUACGAGGAGUUUGAGUCGACAACGUAUGAGUCGCAAGAUGAAGAACCACUAGCAUCGACUGAACGUACAACAUCACGUGAUAAAGCGCGAAAAGAACAAAGUGACUGGAAUCGCAACAUUUAUCAGAACGAAGACAGUGAAUAUCAAAAUACAGAUGAUGGUGACCGUGGCUCGAGGUUUGAUCGCGAUGAUCAAUAUGAAUCAAAAGGAGAGCCAGGUUCUCACCAGCAGUCGGAAUGGACCGACGCAGGUAAAGACGCGCAGACAUACUUGCGGAAACAGACAGUACAAGCUUACGAUUUUGCAAAGAAAAUCUCAAUCGAGGAUGUGAAGAAGGGCGCAACAGAAACGGCAUUAAAAGCCAAGAAGUUGGGAGGCUCUUUGCUUUCGUCGAUUAGCGCAAGUAUAGCCAAUGCUAGCGCCAAUGUUUCGAAGAACGGAAGCAUUCAGGUUGGUGGAGUUAGUGUACAAGUCGUGCGGUUGCUUGCCGAGGGUGCAUAUGCUCAAGUUCUUUUGGUUCGAUCAUCGGCUACGAAUGAAACGUUCGCCCUUAAGCGGAUCCUCUGUCAGUCUCAAGAGGUUGAGAAUGACGUUCAGAUGGAACUCCAAGUGUUCCGUUCCGUCAACCACCUAAAUGUUAUGCCGCUUGUUGAGUUUUCAGAGGCACGCGUUCAGCAAGGAAUGGAGUUUUACUUCUUGGUCCCAUAUUUCGAGCGUGGGAGUCUGUGGGACGCAAUCAACGCUGCGUGUCAGUCAUCGUCUCCACUUUGGCCAUUCUCUCAAUGCACCGCAUUGCAUCUCUUUCACGGCAUUUGUUCGGGCGUGCUUGCACUGCAUCGAGCGGGCUUCUGCCACCGGAAUAUCAAACCUCAUAAUAUCUUGCUAUCCUCGUCAUCUACCGGAGAAAAUUUCCUGGCGUACAUUCCGGUCGUGACAGACUUCGGCAGCUGCGCUCCAAUUUACGUAGAAGCGAAAUCUCGUCAGAACUCGCUCGAGUUGCAAGACGAGGCAAACCGUAAAAGCUCAGCUCCGUAUCGGGCACCAGAACUUUUCGAACCAACAGUUGACAGCGCACUGGAUGGUCAGUCAGAUGUGUGGUCCCUUGGUUGUGUGUUAUACACAAUGGCAUUCGGAUCAAGCCCAUUUGAGCAUCCACGCGAGGGCUUCAUGAAAUUGGCAUGCUUGAACGGUCAGGUGUCGUUUCCGCCUGAGCUAGAUCGUAUGAUACACCAUCGCGGCACAGCAUUUACGGUCGAGUUUUGUGAUUUUAUCCGAGAUAUGUUGCACACGAACCCGGAGGAGCGUCCGUCGGUACUGGACGCGCUCGAAUUCACUGAAGAACUACUGAAUGAUGAGAUGCAGCGGUAA